UUCCGACGUCGUCCGGAAGUCGGGUGCUGGUCCCGUUAGUACCUGGCCAUUUGGUCGCCUCACAUCACGUGGGUCCCUGCUUUUCCUCCUUAGGCGACCCCCGGGCAUCACCGCCGGCCCCCGACGAAGUGCACGUCGGGGAUCCCGUUGCCCUUGGCUCUCGUCUCCGGUUUGACUCCUGCCCUGCUUCCCUGCCGAGCUUACCUGCUCCGCACGGGGCCGUGUGCCGGCUGCCCAUGGCGGGGGCCGCUCCGACCACGGCCUUUGGGCAGGCGGUUAUCGGCCCGCCGGGCUCGGGGAAGACCACGUACUGCCUGGGCAUGAGUGAGUUCCUGCGCGCGCUGGGCCGGCGUGUGGCGGUGGUGAACCUGGACCCGGCCAAUGAGGGGCUGCCGUACGAGUGCGCCGUGGACGUGGGCGAGCUGGUGGGGCUGGGCGACGUGAUGGACGCGCUGCAGCUUGGGCCCAACGGCGGCCUGCUGUACUGCAUGGAGUACCUGGAGGCCAACCUGGACUGGUUGCGUGCCAAGCUCGACCCCCUCCGCGGCCACUACUUCCUCUUCGACUGCCCUGGCCAAGUGGAGCUUUGCACGCACCACGGAGCCCUGCGCAGCAUCUUCUCCCAGAUGGCGCAGUGGGACCUCAGGGUGCGUCUGGGGAUGGGCAGGCCCAUUUUGCAGAUGGAGGAACUGAGGGAGGAGAACAGAUGCCACGCCCCCAUGUCCCACAGCGAGCUGACUGCUGUCCACCUGGUGGAUUCUCACUAUUGCGCAGACCCUGCCAAGUUCAUCUCGGUACUGUGUACCUCCCUGGCCACCAUGCUGCAUGUGGAGCUGCCCCAUGUCAACCUCCUCUCCAAGAUGGACCUCAUUGAACACUAUGGGAAGCUGGCCUUCAACCUGGACUACUACACAGAGGUCCUGGACCUCUCCUACCUGCUUGACCACCUGGCUUCUGAUCCUUUCUUCCGCCACUACCGUCAGCUCAAUGAGAAGCUGGUGCAGCUCAUCGAAGACUACAGCCUAGUCUCCUUCAUCCCUCUCAACAUCCAGGACAAGGAGAGUAUCCAGCGGGUCCUGAAGGCUGUGGAUAAAGCCAAUGGCUACUGCUUUGGGGUCCAGGAGCAGCGGAGCCUGGAGGCCGUGAUGUCUGCCGCGGUGGGAGCUGACUUCCACUUCUCCUCCACCCUGGGCCUGCAGGAGAAGUACCUGGCACCCUCAGAGCAGUCAGUGGAGCAGGAGGCCAUGCAGCUAUAGCAACAAGCUGAGCUCUGGAGAACAAGACACACGACCCAGCGCUGGGGAGAGUGGCGGCUCUCAGUAAGCAGCAGACAGCUCAGUGGGCUGCAGAUCCAAGGGCAGCGCUUCCGGCCAGAGCUGGGAGACUGGCGAGGGGAUACUCAGCCUUGCGGAGGACUUCUGGCCAAAAGCCACACAUGUGGCCAAGCAGAGCACCAAUCACAGCCUCAUGAUCUCUGGGCGCUGCCACCAGGGAUUCAGCACUGGUCCCACUCGGGCUGUGAUGGAAUGUGCUACAAUACAAGAGUUUAUCUUCUA